AUGUCAAAACACGAUCCAGAGGCGAUUUCCAAUUUCCUCGCAGAACAACGAGAUGAAGCACCCACCGAACUUCAACACCUCUUUCUCACUUUCGAAGAUCUCUGGGAACGUAAGCUAUGGCAUCAACUGACGGACACGCUUCUGGAAUACUUCUCGAACCCAGAGAGCACCUCUCAGAGAUUACCCAUCUACAAUACCUUCAUCAUCAGUUUCGCAGACAAGAUCAACCAGCUCAAACUCGUCAAAUUGGCACUGAGCGCCUCGGCGCAAAUCAAGGACGACACUGAGCGAAGCCAGUUUCUCAGGACUCUCGCCGAUCGAGUUGCCAAACCAGAUUCCGAAGAAGCGCAUGUUUACACAAUCACCGAGCUGGCUAGUGUCUACCUGAGACUGGGAGAGGCGACAAAGGCAAAAGAGCAACUAGAAAAGGCGCAAAAAAUUUUGGAUCAGUUCGAUUUUGUGGAAAAUGUGGUUCACGCAGCCUUCUACCGCGUCAAUGCCGACUAUUUCCAAGCCGCGAACGACUAUACAUCCUACUACAGAAACUCGUUAUUGUAUCUUGCAUGCAUAGAUGAGUCGGAGCUGAACACCGAACAACGGCAGCACAGAGCAUACAACCUGGCCAUCGCCGCACUGGUGUCGGACCAGAUCUACAACUUUGGGGAGCUGCUCCUGCAUCCCAUCUUAGACGCCCUGAAACCUCCGCAUCCUCAGUCAUGGCUACGGGAUCUGCUCUUCGCCUUCAACCGAGGAGAUCUGGCCACAUUCGAUCGCAUGUCCAAUAACCUCACCAAGGACCCCAUCCUCGAGUCGCAUCGAUUGUUCCUCUGGCAGAAGAUCAACCUGGCUGCGUUGACAGAACUGGUAUUCAAGCGACCGCCACACGACCGUGCAAUGACAUUCAAGACCAUCAGUCAAGAGACCAACGUCAAGCCCGAUGAGAUUGAGCACUUGAUCAUGAAGGCGCUCAGCUUGGGGCUGUUGCGGGGGAAGAUCGACCAGGUCGCCCAGAUUGCGAGGAUCAAUUGGGUACAGCCCAAAGUGCUGGAACGGAAUCAAAUCGAGGGCAUGAGGCAGCGACUGAAGGAGUGGGACAGCAAUGUCAAUGAUUUGGGCCACUGGAUAGAAGGCGUUGGCAAGGACGUUUGGGCGGCAUAG